UAUUAUUAAUGUAGCUUUAGAGGAAAUGGAAAAAAGAGUCUAAGUUAUGUUAAGAGUAGUUGAGACAUUUGAUAUCAUAACAUAUGAAAACUCAUGAGACUUGUUUAACAAAGUUACAAAAACAAAAAGAAACUAAAUUUUAGAACAAAAGAAUUUGUAUGAUUAGUUUGAUUUAAUCUUUUUUUUUUAAAAGUGAGUUGGACGUCAAGGAACUGAGCAUCACGACUAGGUCGACACGUAAUAAUAAUAUGCAGGAGAAGGGGAAAUUAUGUCCAAUCUUAGUUUGUUUUUAAUCAAAUGAUGAAUGAGAACAACAAACAUUCUUUCUUUUUGAAUGGAUGAGCACAUCAAACAAACAUUCUAUUGUGUGUAUCUCUUUCUAACUGGCAUCUUCUAUUUAUUUUUAUAAAUGGAGAUGAUCUUUAUCCAAUUGGUAGAAAAGUAAAUAAAUAUGAACAAUGAUGACUCGUUAGAAUCAACGGUAUGUAGAUGUUACCUGAAAUCAGACGCAAGCCAAUUAGAAGAAAGAAAAUAUUAUUACUUUCUUUGUUUUCUUCACUAGUUAUCUUUGUUUUUUACAUAGUUGUUUUUUAGUUUUUGUUUCUUCCUUCAUUUUAUUAUUAGACUUGUGGAUUCUUCCAAUUUCUCACUGUUUCCUCAAACUCAAUUAUUAUCAGUUUCUAUAUACCAAUCCUAAGUACUCAUUUACUCUACAGAUUUUGAAAAUGGACGGAUCAAAUAGCAUUGUUGGAGGAAGUGUAGACAUAUGUCUAACAAAUUAUAAAUUGGUGAAGACAUUGUACCAUUGGUCCUCUGGCAAGGUGAGGUUAGCAGAGAAUGUAUUGACUGGUGAAAAAGUUGCCAUAUAUCUCAUUGAUUGCCGUUGGAAAGAGAAUACACAAAUGGAAGAAAAAGUAAGAAGAGAAAUUAAUACUUUAAAAUUGUUAAGGCAUCCUCACAUUAUACAAGUUUAUGAGGUGAUAGAAACCCUAACGAAUAUAUAUGUUAUUAUGGAGUAUAUGGAAUCUGGGGAGCUUUUUGAUUACAUAGUAGAAAAGGGUAGGUUGCACGAAGAUGAAGCGCGCAAAUUUUUUCAGCAGAUAAUCUCCGGGGUACAGCAUUGUCACAACAAUAUGGUGGCUCAUAGAGACUUAAAGCCUGAAACUAUACUUUUGGACUCAAAAUUCAAUAUCAAGAUUACUGAUUUUGGCUUGAGCAACACAAUGCAACAUGGUCAGUUACUUAAGACAAGAUGUGGAAGUCUUAACUAUGCAGCUCCUGAGGUUAUCUCUGGGAAGUUAUAUGAUGGAUCCAAGGUAGAUAUUUGGAAUUGUGGUACGUUACUGUAUGCACUUCUAUGCGGUGCUCUUCCUUUUGAUGAUGAAAAUAUUCCCACCCUCUACAAAAAAAUAAAGGGUGGCAUAUACACUAUUCCUAGUUAUAUAUCACCUGGUGCUAGUGAUUUGAUUACAAAGCUGCUUGAGGUGGAUCCAACGAAGAGGAUUACCAUACUUGAAAUACACCAACACCCUUGGUUCCAAAUUUCUAUGCCUCAUUAUAUGGCAAUGCCACCAUUACUAGAUAAAGUGCAACAAUCCAAAAAGCUUGAAGAGGAGGAGGAGAAGCUACGGCUUGAUGGUCUAGAUUGCAAAAAUGUUUUGUUCUAUAUACUUUCGAGGCUAAGUUUGUUACUACCACAAAAGCUUGCAAAGAUUUGCUCUCGAUAUUUUGAUGAAAAGUUUUAUACAUCAACUAGGGUUUUCUCGAGAGAGGAUACAAAUUUGCUAAAGUUUGAAAAGAUUCACAAUGGUGACAAUGAUUCAAACAUGGUGACAAAGACCUUAGAAGAGAAAAUUUGAAACUUGUCAUUUGAUUACUAUGUAUAUUCUAAAAUGAUCUAUGAUGGUCUAGUUCACUUUUGUCCAUCGUAUCAAAUAGGACCACAAAUUUUUUGAUAAUAUCUACGUCAUAUCUUUUAUAUUUAUGGUGA